UGCUUUCUCUCCAGUGUGGCGAUGAACUCUGACUUCUCUUGACACGGCUGCUCACGAGUCGAGUCGAGGCUUUUCUCAUCUGACUCUGAAAGUGAAAGUAGGAAACUUUCCGAAUUUCCUGAACAUCACCGUCGCCUCCGUCUGCGGAAAUUCCGAUCCCAAUUAUUAGCCCAGUUUACUACCACGACUCUCACUGUUUGCAUUCCCUUCUGAUCGUCCCACUAAUAUUAUUUCAGGCACCAACUACGUACAUGAGCAUUCUGCACCAAACAAUAAUACCCACUAAUAAAAUAGCACGCCUGGAGGAAGGCUUUUGCUAGCCGAAUUUCAUCCAAGUCACAAAGAGAAAACUUUUUAUCAGUCUCCUUUCUUUCGGCAUAUGCAAAAUUCGCCUAUUGGAGAAAGUUGUGUUGCACCAGACCCGUUUCACAUCGUCUGUCCUCCAAACCUGAUGUAUCCAUCCAAGCAAAGCAUUAUGAUGAGUUUCUAACAUCUUUCAGCAGGAUUCCGAGUAAAUAGCUCUAGUAUUUGCCACCUCAUUUAAGAUAGAAAAACUUUCUUCAAACAGAGCCAAGUUUACUCGAUCGAUUUUUCUUAUCGCCAAGUCCAGCAUUAUUGAAGUACGAGCAAGGGACGCAACAAUUUAAAACUUGUAUUUACAAGUUUGUUGCUGGGUGGCUGGGAGGAACUUUAAUUGGACACGGACACACUCUAAGCUUCCUUUGAAAAGCGAUUCUCGAACCAGUUCAAGUGUAAAACAUCCUUCGAGGAUUAUGGCACAAACUGCGGAAGCUUUGGUACACAUGGAUUCCGGGUGUUGUACAAAUUCCAGUUUCGAUGCAGAGUUGGAAGCAAAAAGUCGCACCGAGAGCUGCUCAUCGUCUAGCGUGAUGGAUUCUGAGGAUGUCGCGGCCACGGCGACGACAAUGGCGACGACCGCUGCUGGAAAUACGACACGCAGCACCAAGUCCUCCACCUCCUCCUACUCCUCCUGCAACGAUAUGGCAGACGAAGUAUGGAACAAUUUUAUAUUUAAACCCGUGCAGACAGAGGACUAUCCAAGGGUCUUGGCGCACAUGAGGGAAGCCUUUUAUCGAGAUGAACCACUGAAUGCGAUCACAGGAUACUCAGAGGAGAAAGCCCAAGAUAUGGAUCAAAUGAUCACGUCAUAUUUCAAGGACGGGCUCAGUACUAUAGUUCUGGACAAAGACACCAACAAAGUUGCAGGUGCCAGAAUAAUUGCCAUUUACCGACGCAAUGAAACGCAUAGUCGCUUGAAACUAAAGUCGCCAGAAAUGUGCAAAAUCAUGCCGUUUCUCGACAAAGUGGACGAAGAGGCGGGGAUAUUCAGCCAUUAUCCCGACUUGGACGAGUACGCCGAGUUGUUUAUGGCCUCUGUUCACCCAGAAUUUAGAGGUCAAGGUUUGGCUGGGGAGAUGUACCGAGGAGCCAUUCGUCUUCUUCAGGCGAGAGGAUUAAAACUCCUCAAAAGCUGCUUCACUUCUCCCUUCACCAGGAAAAUAGGAGAAAAAAUGAACUUUCGUGAGCUAGCCGAGGCCAAAUUCAACGAGUAUCGGGAUGACGACGGGGAAAUCGUUUUUCCAACCGCGAGGGACGACGAAUGCGCUGUCAUUGGAGUGCUGGAAAUUUGAUUAUGUAGCUCCGUCACUGCUGGCCUGAGUGGAUUACCAAAGUUCAGAAUGCCAUGAUCAUUAUUCCUCUUAGAAAAUCAAGGUCGAGUAAGUAUUUGCUAGUAGGAUUGGCAAUGGUAGUUGUGGUAUGGGUAGUGCUGAUAUUAGUGAUAUUAGUCUAUGCAGUUGUUUUUAGCGUUUAUUCGUUAAUUUGUAAAGAAAAUGUAAUCGUGUGUCGACGCGGUGAUAUGAAUGUUCUUCUCAUACGACUUCCACAUACAACAGUACCUACCAUACCAUUAUUACCUCUGACAAUUAUUGUGAGUAGUAGUCCUAUCUCAAUUUAAUACACAGAGUAGAAAGAUAAAUAUGUAAUUUUUGUAGUAAGAGUUUACGUGAAUACAUAUGUAUAACCUACAAUUGGGAAACUAUUUAAUCUCACAAUAUUAUUGAUUUUUAUGGAAAAUAUAACCUACUAAUUUUAUUCAAGUUACUAAACUAAAAUUGAAAUAUCUCUCUUUAUUAUGUACUUCCAAAUUAUUACGUAAUACGUGUAUGCAUUUUGUCUACCUGGAAAACAAUCCUAGAAUUAAAAGCGUUGAAGGUGCAUAAAUAAAUUAAAGUUUUGGUAUUGUA